AUGUUCAAGAAACGAACGGUGAAAACCCCUAAAACAGCAUCGAAGCGACAUAAUGAUGCUCUAGAAUCGGAUGAGGCAGAGUCCUCUUCACUUAUCCUAUCAGAAACCUCGAAAAAAAGAAAAACCAUAGAUUUUGUCACUACUAAACCAACAAGAAAUAUCAAUUAUAGAAAGCAAGAAGAUAUACCCACAGGACUAGAUCGUGAGAAGAGAAAUGAAAUCAAGGACGAUACAGAAAGCAAAACUAUAAGGGGUCCUAAGGCGCCUCCUAAGAACAUCAAGGUUAUAUCCCUCACUGACUUCCAGCCUGACAUAUGCAAAGACUUUCAACAGACUGGCUUUUGUGGGUACGGAGAUACUUGUAAGUUUCUACAUAUUCGUGAUGAGCUGAAACAGAAAAAGCCAGUGGAGAAAGAGUGGCAAACAGUGAGAAAGCAAGCCGAUACAAAUCAAAAGAAGACUGAAGAAAACGUGCCAUUCAAAUGCCCGAUCUGCAAACGAGAUUACAGAAAUCCAGUCAAGACGCCAUGCGAUCACAUCUUUUGUCAACAAUGCUUCAUGUCCCGCUUUAAACAAAAUAUCACAAACUGCUUCAUCUGCAAGCAAGAAAUGAGUGGGUCGGUGCAACCACUUCUGAAGCGUGAGAAGGAAGCAUUGCUCGAAAGUUAA